UUUUUGAAAUAAUUCAGAGUGGGGCAUUGCCAUCAACCAAGAGAACUUUGUGAAGAAAGUGGAAUUUAAAGCAUGUUAAAACAGCCCUGGGAAUCUGUAUAAUUCCAUUGCUGUGUUACACUAAUAUUAGACUAAUAAAGAAUUUUUCACAGGUUGGGAAAGAUUAUGACACUCUUUCUAAAUAUUCGCCAAAGGUGCCCCCAGCUCCUUCAGCCAGAGCGUAUACUAGUCCUUUGAUUGAUAUGUUUAAUAACCCAGCAACAGUUGGACAGAAUUCAGAAAGGAUAAAGAAUUCAACAGAUUCUUCAGAUGAUCCCAGUUUACAGCGAUCAGUCUCUGUUGCAACUGGACUGAACAUGAUGAAGAAGCAGAAAGUAAAAACCAUUUUCCCACACACUGCUGGCGCAAACCAGACUUUGCUCAGCUUCGCGCAGGGAGACAUCCUCACACUGCUCGUCCCUGAGGAGAAGGACGGCUGGCUUUAUGGAGAGCAUGACACCACCAAAGUGAGGGGCUGGUUCCCAGCAUCCUACACAAAGUUGCUGGAAGAAGAUGAAAAGGAGGCCAUGAGUGUGCCCACACCAAGCCUGGCCCCAGUGAGAAGCAUCAGCACGGUGAACUUAUCUGAGAAAAGCAAUGUCGUCAUUCCCCCACCGGAUUACUUGGAAUGUUUGUCCCAGGGAGCGGCUGCAGAUAAGAAAGCAGAUGUUUCCAAAAAUACUUCUACCUUUAAAGCACCGGUGUCCCAGCCAGAAGCCACAUCUCCUGUGAGUGGAACUGCAGUACAACGUGCUGUGUACCCCCACCCUGAAUGGCGGUCUGGGGGUGUGGGCGCUUGUUCCACCAGGAAUGAAGGUGGUGUCCCCCCGGGCGGGGCAGGCACACGCUCCUGAAUCUUCUGCAUUCCCACCCUCUCACAGCCACGCAGCUUCCAUAACUUCAGUCCUUCUGUUUGUAUUUUAUCUGUAAAUAGUUCGUCAGAUGGUAUCAGGUGUUCUCUCCUCGCCUUCGGCCCCGGCUGCAGUCAGUCAGUCUCAUCACUUGUUCUGCGUUUUCUUCAAUUUUCAUACCGUUUCCUGAGGGAAGGCUUCAGGUUAAAAGUAACUUUACCUUUGUGUCUUCAGAAAGUGCUUACUUUGCACCAGGUGCUGGGUAAACAUGGUGUCAUGUACACUGUCUGUAAUCCUAAACAACCCCAUAAGAUCGUAGAGGCCACGGGCUCCCAGAGUCCCUUCAUUGCUGUGGCACCUGUGUCUCCCGAGCGCCGGUUCCCGGUGCGGGCUCUCAGGGUGCAGAGAUGAACAGGACCAGUUAGUGGCUCUGCUGGAACUUACGUUCUAGUGGGGGGAAGCAGACAAUGAGAAAUAAACAGUAAACACAGUGAUGGAAGCUGUGCAGAGAAUUAAAGCAAGGUGAGGUGAUAGAGGGAUGGGGCGACCGCUCACAUGGAUGCCACAGGUUUGUGUGCAGGUGCUUACGAGGGAGCGCCCUGGGGUCCCCACCUGUGAAAGUGAGAGCAGGGGAGCAGCAUUCGGCAGGGGGAGGAGCUGGACUGGGAGGGGAGCCAGGCCUUGAUCACCGGCAUCCAGGGCAAGAGAGCUUGAGCCAGGGCGAUUUCCCAAAGGGACAGCCCAGGGCAGCAGUCCCUGAGUUUUCUUGUUGAUCUGGGCAGCACGUGACAGUGUCUGCACCCCCAAGGAGGGGACAUUGAAACUGAGACCUGAAUGGCAAGGAGCCUAUCAUGUAGGGGUCGAGGAGAGGAGAAGGAGCAGAGGAGGGCACAUAUUUGGCAUGCUCCGAGAACGAGGCUGUGAUUCCAGGAUGAUGGAGAAUCGAGAAAGGAGGGAUCCGUGUUCUCAUUUUUUUCUCAGGAUAGAUUUUACCGUUAAAGAAGGGGAAGGAUGGAGAAGAGGACGGUGACCGGGAAGGCGAGAGGAGCAUACGUGGCGUGUGGGCCUGGGAGCAGGGAAGUUAGUGAGCAAGAAGCCUCGGGCGCGGGCAGAGGUGCGCACAGACUGGGGAGUUCCUGCUUGAGGAUGGCUGCUCUCCGUGGGGAAGCAAGGGCGUCAGCGGAGGGGGUGGGCAGAGCGAGCAAGUGUAAAGAAAGAAUUUGUGAAACGGGUUCUGAAGAGUGAGAAGGCGCAAGUGCUAUAGAAUACGGGGUAUAUGGGGGAUAAUGCCGAUGCCCAUUUACGGUUUGGGGUCAUGAUUUUAAAGGAAGCCAGGCAGUAUGGUUGUUUCUCCAGCAACUGCAGCUGCUCCAGCUCAGACAAGAAGUAAUGAACUAGUUGGGGUUACCAGGUGGUGGUGCUGGGGGAGGAGCAGGGAGUUCCUGGUGUUUGUGAGGGUAGGGCUGUGGUGCCCCAGACCUUGGCAUUCAGGCUGGGCCAUGAACGGAUCUGGAGGGUGGGAAAGGAGGCGCGGGGGAGGUGGGGCAGAACCUCUGCGAGGCUGCACGGCUGCUAGAGUGCAGUGGGAAGGAACCUGGGAGGUGAGGGUCGGAGCGUGGGCUGGACUUCUGGGGGCCGUGCGGCUGAGCUUCAUGCCCAGGGCUGCACAGUGGCCAGGCGGUGCCGGAGCCUGCCUAGCCUGUGCUCUGGCCAGCUUCCUCCCAGAAAUGCCCCCGGGCACUGCUGGUGGUCCACAGGCUACUUUGUUUUUUAUUUUCUGGUUAUUGUAUGGUCCUUUCUGUAGCUCAUGCAGAGGCGUCUCCCUGCUGCUCAUGGGAUAUGUGGCUCCACAGCUCUGCCCCCAUCGUCGGUACUACUGGUGGCCUUUGUUCAGCUGUGAAUGGUGCAUGGGUGCAGUCUCUGGAUUACAUGGAAUGGGAACUCUUAAAAAUGUGCCCUGCGUUUCAUUGGAGCCUUCAGGUGUUUUAGAAUAUGCCUGCCUCAUCAUAAGCUGCAGUGUGUUCCGAUCCGGGAAAUGCAGGGUUUUGCAGUCUCUCUCAAAAAUGUCUUUGGCUCGGGGCACCUGGGUGGCUCAGUAAGUUAAGUGUCUGCCUU